AUGAACACCGCGGCCAACAGCUAUACCCCAUGGCCUCCUGCACUGGGUGCCCAGCGCUCAGACGUCACUGAGGCCAUCCUGUACGGAAAGUUCAGUCCUGCGGGGCCUGUGCUGUCCAUCCGGGUCUGCCGCGAUAUGAUCACCUGCCGCUCCCAGGGUUAUGCCGACGUCAACUUCCAGCAGCCAGCUGACGCUGAGUGGGCCUUGGAUACCGUGAACUUUGAUAUGAUUAAGUUAAAGCCAAUCCGUAUCAUGUGGUCUCAGAGGGAUCCUUCUUUGAGAAAAUCUGGCGUGGGAAAUGUCUUCAUCAAGAACCUGGACAAAUCUAUAGAUAACAAGGCACUUUAUGAUACUUUUUCUGCUUUUGGAAACAUUCUGUCCUGCAAGGUGGUGUGUGAUGAGAACGGCUCUAAGGCUUAUGCCUUUGUCCACUUCAAGACCCAGGAGGCUGCCGACAAGGCCAUCGAGAAGGUGAACGGCAUGCUCCUCAAUGACUGCAAAGUGUUUGUGGGCAGAUUCAAGUCUCGAAAAGAGUGGGAAGCUGAGCUUGGAGCCAAAGCCAAGGAAUUCACCAGUGUGAUCUUUGGGGAAGAGGUGGAUGAUGAGAGUCUGAAAGAGCUAUUCAGCCAGUUUGGUAAGACUUUAAGUGUCAAGGUGAUGAGAGAUCCCAGUGGGAAAUCCAAAGGCUUUGGCUUUGUGAGUUAUAAAAAACAUGAGAAUGCCAAUAAGGCCGUGGAAGAGAUGAAUGGAAAAGAAAUGGAAUGAAAUGGAAAUGGAAAUGGAAAAGAAAUCAGUGUGAAAGUCAUUUUCGUCAGCUGUGCACAGAAGAAAGUGGAACGGCAGGCCGUGUUAAAGCGAAUAUUUGAACAGCUGAAACAGGAGAGAAUUAGUCGCUAUCAGGGGGUGAAUCUCUACAUUAAGAACUUGGAUGACACCAUUGAUGAUAAGAAGUUAAGGAAAGAGUUUUCUCCUUUUGGAUCAAUCACCAGUGCCAAGGUGAUGCUGGAGGAUGGGAGAAGCAAAGGGUUUGGAUUUGUCUGCUUCUCAUCCCCUGAAGAGGCAACCAAAGCAAUCACGGAGAUGAACGGACGCAUCGUGGGCUCCAAGCCACUGUAUGUUGCCCUGGCCCAGAGAAAGGAAGAGAGAAAGGCUCACCUGACCAACAAAUAUAUGCAGUGGGUGGCCAGGAUGAGAGUGUUCCCCACAAAUGCCAUCUUAAAUCAGUUCCAGCCUGCAGCUGGGGUCUACUUUGUGCCAGCAGUUCCACAGGCUCAGGGAAGACCUCCAUAUUAUACACCUAACCAGUUAGCACAGAUGAGGCCUAAUCCACGCUGGCAGCAAGGUGGGAGACCUCAAGGCUUCCAAGGAAUGCCAAGUGCUAUACUGCAGUCUGGGCCUUGUCCAACUCUUUGCCAUCUGGCUCCAACUGGUAAUGCUCCGGCCUCUCGCGGCCUCCCUGCUACUGCUCAGAGAGUCGGGUCUGAGUGGCCGGACUGCUUGGCUAUGGACUUUGGUGGGGCUGGUGCCUCCCAGCAAGGGCCAACUGACAGCUGCCAGUCCGGAGGUGUUCCCACAGCUGGGCAUAACCUAGCGCCUCGUGCUGCUGUUGCUGCCGCUGCUCCUCAGGCUGUUGCACCUUACAAAUAUGCCUCCAAUGUCCGCAGCCCUCACCCUGCCAUCCAGCCCCUGCAGGCACCCCAGCCUGUGCUUCACGUGCAGGGGCAGGAGCUGCUGACCGCCGCCAUGCUGGCCGCAGCUCCCCAGGAACAGAAGCAGAUGCUGGGUAAACAUUUGUUCCCGCCCAUCCAGACGAUGCACUCAAAUCUGGCUGGGAAGAUUACGGGGAUGCUGCUGGAGAUUGACAUCUUGGAGCUGCUACACAUGCUGGAGUCCCCCGAGUCUCUCCGCUCCAAGGUGGAUGAAGCUGUGGUGGUCCUACAGGCUCAUCAUACCAAGAAAGAAGCUUCCCAGAAGGUGGGCGCUGUCGCUGCUGCUACCUCUUAGACAAGGACAGACCGAUUGAAAGGCCAAAUAAACCCUCAUGGAAUUCAGCUCAAGGUUUGAAGACGUCCUAGCUUGUCCUAUGGACCUCAGCACCAAGAACCACAGAUUGCAAAUUUAAUAGGUCAUUUUGUAUCUAAAGGUUAAUUAUGA